GUUCUGCCGAUUAACUUAGCACACGACUAAGGAGGCUAGACUAGACGCUCUAGGUUUGUUCUUUUAUGACCUCUUCUCCCGGUUGCUUAGGAUGAAGAGGUCCUCAUAGAAAUACCCAGACCUUCCUGCCGACAGAUUUUUAAAGAAGAUGCCCAGCCAUGCUUCGUUCUCAUCCACACUCUCACGCUCCCCAAUAACUGUCAAGUACCAGAAAGCUUUCCAGGGCCUGCAGAAGGCGCAGCGCCUCCAAGGCUGGCACGCUUUGCCCCUUCCCUCCCCCGGGGAGCGCCCUCAGCAUCUCUCCCCGUGUGUCGGUGGAAUCCUGAGCCCCAACCCGCUCCACAGCUUGGGUUGGGCGGGGGGAAGACGGUGCUCUGGGCAGCUGGGCAGCGCGGGGGUGUCAUCCGUAGGACCCCAGCACUCCAGGGCCCCCCACCCCAGGCGUUCGCUCUCGGGACGCGCGGGGUCCCCAGCAGCCGCGCGCGCCGCCCCCGCCGGCCCGCGCCACGCUCCGCCCUGGACGCCGCUCGUCCCGGUGCCAGGGUGCGCGCGGGUGGGAGCGGGCCUGGCUCAGCCUGAUUUACGGCUCUGCUGAAAACCGCUCCGCUCCCGCAGCACGAGCACCGAUCGUGGCAGUAGCGGCAGCGGCAGCGGCAGCAGCGGCGGCGGCGGAGGCUGCAGCUACAGCAACAAGUCGGGACUUUUAGAGUAAUGCAACAGAAGGCUUUUGAGGAAAGCAGAUACCCCUGGCAGGAGUCCUUCGAGAAUGUUGCUGUGUGUCUGCCAUUCCGCUGCCCGAGGUGUGGAGACCAUACCAGAUUUAGAAGCCUGUCGUCGUUGAGGGCCCAUCUGGAAUUCAGUCACAGCUACCAGGAAAGAACCCUCUUGACAAAAUGCAGCCUCUUUCCAUCCCUCAAAGACACAGACCUAGUUACUUCCUCAGACCCUCUGAAACAGGGAAAAUUGCAGAGCUGUGGCAAUGUGGUGAAGCAGAAACCGAGCUAUGUUAACUUGUAUAGCAUUUCGCACGAACACUCCAAGGACAGGAAGCCAUUCGAGGUGGUGGCAGAGAGACCUGUGUCCUACGUGCAGACCUACACUGCAGUGGACCUACGAACAGACUCGCUGGAUGGGCCGCGAUCAAGUCCUGGACUUCCCACCUCAGACACCAAAGCUGCUUUUGAGGCCCAUGUCAGAGAAAAAUUCAAUCGGAUGGUCGAGGCCGUGGACAGGACCAUCGAGAAGAGAAUCGAUAAACUCACCAAAGAGUUGGCCCAGAAAACUGCCGAACUGUUGGAAGUGCGGGCAGCUUUUGUCCAGCUGACUCAGAAAAAGCAGGAAGUUCAGAGACGAGAGAGGGCCCUGAAUAGACAAGUGGACGUGGCCGUGGAGAUGAUCGCUGGGCUGAGGCAGCGCCUGACAGAAUCCGAGGAGGAGCUUCUCAGGAAAGAAGAAAGCCGAGGACACCCACAUUCGAUGUAUAACCACCCCGAACUCAAGACCCAUUUUCAUCCAAAGGGAAGGAGCUACCUGAAAAAAGCCAAGGAUGACAGAGCCAGCUUGCAGCCUGCUAAGUCCAUUCAUGAACAGGCCGAGUCCCCAAGAGAACUCUGCAGACUACCGAAAAAAGGGGAGCCUCUGGGGUUCAGUCGGAAAGCCAACAUCAGGCCCAAAAUGGCCAAAAAAAAGCCAACAGCAUUUGUGAACAUCAUCUAGAAGGAUUUUGGUGCACCUCUUCUUUCUUCUGUGGCUGGAUAACCUGCACCCUGAGACCACGCUACCAGCCUCUACCUGUGUCAAUCGCUGUAGUUGGGAAGCCAUGAAACCCUUUGAUCAGCACCCUUUUGAUCAUCAUGAGGUCAGGGUCUGAAUGGUUGAAUGCCAGUGGAUUGCACAUGUGCUGCAUGUGAGCCAUCCUGAGACUCUGAAGGCCUCUCCCAAGACCUUCUGUCCUGGCAGUGUCAGCAGCUUCUCUGUGUUUGCUGUAGGCAUCACUGUCUCUGUGCUGGCCUGACUUUUCCACCUCCUGUGGCUGCUGUGCCCUUUUAUGACUAAAAUACACAUUCUUACCUUUCAGCCAGCUAUCUAAAGUGUUCGUGGCACACUGCGUUCUAAAGUAGUUUCUAACAUAAGCAGUGCAUGUGAGAUCCAGAAUCAGAGACUGUCCUCCUCUCUGUCCCUAAAAUGGCUUUUGUUCCCACAAAGAACCAUCUGUUAAGAACCUGCCUUAUGAGUUUUUUCAAGCAUUUCCAUGUUACUUUUGUUUUUAAUUUAGCAUUAUCAUCAAAUCUGCAGAGUUUACAAGUGCUGGCAUCCUUCUGAAAAUAAGAAUAAUUAUGUCCCCAAAUAUAUACAUAUAUACAUAUAUAUAUAUAUAUAACAUACAAAAUAUAUAUGUCAAGUAUAUUAAUAAUUUAUUUUUAAAUACUCAUGGAAAAGGUGUGUGUGUAUGGUGGGUGGUUUUUAAACUAUAUAUGUUAGUUCAUGUAAAUUGAAUUCUCUCAUUUUAAAAGUUAAAACUGUGACCUAAUUAACUUUAGUAGAAUUAUGAUUGUUAUUGCAAUAAACAUCAGAUUAGCAGUGCAUUAAAAAUAGAUAACGCAAUUACUUAAAAUGCUAGUAAAUUGAAAAGUGUAACUUAUUAUACAAACAUUUUGAACCUAUCAUAGUGAAAAUGUUGACGUUUGAAUCUUCACUUUGACUUCAGGCUCAUAGGGGCGGACCAUUCAUGUGGUGUGUAGGCAACUGUCAAGUGAGAAAAAUAUUGCUGUGAAUAUCACUGUUUAGGCUAACAUUGUAAAGAUUGUAAUGUUAUGAUUAUUAUUUGGAGAAUUAACCUUCUUCAUGGUUAUUUAUUUAUUGAUAUUUAUACCAUGAUUGCCCUUUAGCCUUUUCCAUACUAAAAAUUGACUUGUUGAUUCUAUUGCAUGCUAAUUGUCCCGUAAUGUGUGUGUGCAAUGAUAACUUAUUUUUUUUUCAAUUUUUUAAAUGUAACCUACAUUUUCAAUUUUCAUUUAAAAUGCCUAGAGCACGUGACAGCUCUCUUCGACAGUGGUACCCAGUGACCUUCUGAAAGCACCAUAAUAUCAUAUCUAUUCUAUGUACAUUCUAUAUACAGAAGACAAAUGAUUUUAAGAUUUAUUAUAUUAAUUUUUUUUAAGUUCCAACAAAAUUCUGACCCUCACACCAGGAAAUGCAUUAUGUAUGUUUGCUCCUUAGAGACAUAAAUUUGCUAUUGAAACAUGGAAGCUGGCUCACUCUGAGGGAUAGCCCGCUUACAUGCCAUGGCCCAACCCGUGUGCCGUGUCCUACUUGGGUCUUAUUUUUAAAUAUUUUCUUUGUCCACAUGAGCAGUCAACCUUAGAGUUGCUUUUUUGGAAGAAAUCACCAAAGAAGUUUCUGGGAAAACAUGUUCAAGGUUAAACUGAAGAAUGGAUCUAAUUUUAUUUAUUUCGUAAGGAUGAAAUCUUUAUUUAAACUGUUCUUUCUCUCUUUUUUUUCCCAAACUAGGUUACAUAUUCUUAACUGCAAAGUUCAGAUUGCUUAGACACUGUUUUCCAGUAUUUUUCAGGGUCAGUCAGUUGUCUGGACGUUGGAAUAUUCUCUUCUAAGAAUUAAAAAGAAAGUUUUUAGAUUAUGAAAUAUUAUAAUAAAGCUAUA